AUGUUCCUCUUCAGCUCGUUAUUGUUGCUGCAAGUUUGUCAUGUUCUCGCAAACACCGAGAAAGUUAUAUUCCUUGGCCCCAGCAGUCUGCAGGUACCAGCAGCCCAUCCGACACUCGAAGACCUGCAACUAGACUCCAUAUCUCCAAAGCGUUGGGCUCUGCGAACGCAUAUUCCAGCUGAGUUUCCAACCAAUGCUUCUCAGUACGGACAAGUAUCAUGGUAUCUGUUGGACAGGUUGCAGGAAGGCCAAAGAUAUGAAGUUAGGAUAUGCUGGGCUGCCACACAACCAACAUCUUUCCGUCUUGAUACUUUUGAUUUGCCUACUAUUUUCGAAACUCCUGAGUUGAUAACAUCACUUGCACAGUAUUCAGAAACUCGACAAACAGAGGUUAUGGAAGACUUGCAACCUGUAGAGUCGCAAGUGGAGAAGAAAUCGAAAGCUCAUGACGAAGUCUCCUCGACUCUGUUCCUGAGAGUAUACGCAGCAGCAGACUACUAUACCACAAACAAGACAUUGAUGGUGCAAGUUCCUCCAGUAUAUGUCGACCUUAUUUUGGACCCGUUCAUAUUCAACGUCUUUCCACGAUCACUGGUUCCAACAGCAGCAUAUAUCACCCUAAUUGCAAUUGGAAGCUGGUUCUUGGCAAAGUACAUAAGCGGCUGGAUAAGUGCCUUGCCGAAUGAGCAGAGUUCGCAAAAGAAAACCCUAUGA